AUGAAAGAUGCUGAGCGCAAUCGUCAUGAACUUAUCGACAACUUGAUACAAAGUAUCCAGAACCUAGAUCGGGAGCGAAACGAGUUCGUGAGGGCAUUGCGAGCCAAGGAGAUGCUUGCUAAUACAUAUCAAGAUCGGUUCGAAGCCACGCAGGAUCAAGUCGAUAAAUUGCAGAGACGCAUUGAUUGCGACAUGUUCGUGCUCGUGCUUAUCGAUGGAGACGAUACUUUGUUUACAGAUGAAUAUGUUAUGGAUGGCCUCCAAGGUGGCGAAAGAGCUGCUCGAGAUCUUCAGCAAGCUUUAUUGGGCUACUUUGGCGACAAGCAGUAUUUUAGGCAUGAUUCUAAAAUUGUGACGAGAAUUUACAUGAACUUGACGGGCCUAUCAAAGACCUACGUUGAUUCAAAGAUCAUAUCAAAUGUGCUUUCUUUCCAGCAGUUCGUGAAAGGGUUCAACAGAACACACCUUUUGAUGCAAAUUGUCGACGCAGGUGAUGGCAAGGAGGGCGCAGAUAGUAAAGUUAAAGCUGAAUUUGAUUUGUUUCGCCGCAACGUUCAUUGCAAACAAAUCUGCCUCGCAGGUUCUGGUGACAACAGCUAUGCGCAGAUUCUGCGACCAUACGCGCUGAAUGCUGGCAAAUCAGAGACCAUCACUUUGAUUGAAGCGCUGCCUUUUGCUAGGGAGCUGCGACAGUUGUCUGACCGCUUCAAGAUCGGCAAGUUUGACGAAAUUUUCAGAGACAGUAGGAUUAUAACCAGAAAAGUUUCAUUUCAUGAAGAUGUGAAUAGGGUCAGGGCAACAUCCGCACAUUCUUCACACACGUCUGAAGCACUUUCUUCCCCUCCUAUGACGACGAAUGAUUCACACACUACAAGUCAAGAAGAACAAAAGCCUUCCUCCAAAGCCAAGCGCAUUCUUGUCAAUGGUCACGAUCAACGUUUGGACGAACCAAUCAAAAACCUCGAUAAGGAUCUUGCCUACAAGCUCAAACAACUCAAGCUCUGCAACAGGUUUUACCUUAGUAAAGAUUGCAGCUACGGUGAUUCUUGUACGCACAGUCACAAGCGUGUUUUGACACCAUUUGAGCUCGACAACCUACGAUACGUGGCUCGGUCUACAGCAUGUGAAUACGGCUUGGAUUGUAAGAAUCCUGAUUGUUACAACGGCCAUCGAUGUCAGUAUGCUACAAGAUGUACUAAUUGGUCGAAUGGGAUAUGUUGGUUUAGUGAUGACAUGCAUAAGGUCGAAACUUAUAACCCCAAGGCUGUUGUCGUGGAGGCUUGA